UAGUCAUAUUACUAUAUUAUUUCUUCCAUAGAAAAAACAAUUAAUAUAGGGAUUUUAACAUUUUCACAACCAGCUUGCUCAAGCUACACCGAACGCUGCUUCGAAAAGAUUGAUUUGUAGCUGAGGUAAGUGCUUGGUGUUAAUCGGCAAUGGCAGAUGGCCAAGAAAAUGAUAAGAAUAUUGAAAUAUGGAAAAUGAAAAAGUUAAUCAAAGCCCUACAAUCUGCCAGAGGAAAUGGCACGAGCAUGAUCUCUCUUAUCAUACCCCCUGGUGAUCAGAUAUCUCGUAUUACCAAGAUGCUGGCAGAAGAAUACGGUACUGCCUCAAAUAUUAAGAGCAGAGUAAACCGUCAGUCUGUGCUUGGUGCAAUAACGUCUGCCCAGCAAAGGCUUAAACUGUAUAACAAAGUUCCUCCUAAUGGAUUGCUGCUUUAUACUGGAACUAUAGUGACAGAUGAUGGGAAGGAAAAGAAGGUCACCUUUGAUCUUACACCUUUUAAACCCAUAAAUGCAUCUCUCUACUUAUGUGACAACAAGUUUCAUACAGAACCUCUGGGUGAAUUAUUGGAAUCUGAUGAGAAGUUUGGUUUCAUUGUCAUGGACGGUAAUGGCACGCUUUUUGGGACCUUAAGUGGCAACACACGAGAAGUUCUUCAUAAGUUCACUGUCGACCUCCCAAAGAAGCACGGAAGAGGAGGUCAAUCAGCUCUUCGAUUCGCUCGUCUUCGAAUGGAGAAACGUCAUAACUAUGUGAGGAAGACAGCAGAGCUUGCUACUCAAUUCUUCAUUAAUCCAGCCACUAGCCAGCCAAAUGUAUCUGGGCUAAUACUUGCUGGAUCGGCUGAUUUCAAGACCGAGCUAAGCCAAUCUGAUAUGUUUGAUCCGCGCCUACAAGCAAAGAUACUUAAUGUGGUCGAUGUGUCCUAUGGUGGGGAAAAUGGUUUCAAUCAGGCAAUCGAGCUGUCUGCUGAGAUUCUAGCUAAUGUGAAAUUUAUACAAGAAAAGCGCUUGAUAGGGAAAUUCUUCGAGGAAAUCAGUCAAGAUACUGGAAAGUAUGUGUUCGGUGUGGAUGACACAAUAAAAGCUUUGGAGAUGGGAGCUGUUGAAACUCUUAUUGUGUGGGAAAAUCUUGAUAUAAACCGGUAUGUUUUGAAAAAUAGUGUGACUAAUGAGAUUGUCAUUAAGCACCUAAACAAGGACGGAGAGGCUGAUCAAAGCAACUUCAAGGAUCCUGCCACAUCAGCUGAAUUGGAGGUUCAGGAUAAGAUGCCCCUGCUCGAGUGGUUUGCAAAUGAAUAUAAAACUUUUGGUUGUUCGCUUGAGUUUGUUACUAACAGGUCUCAAGAGGGAUCACAGUUUUGCAGAGGAUUUGGUGGCAUUGGGGGAAUCCUUCGUUACCAGCUUGACAUGCGUUCCUUCGAUGAGCCAUCUGAUGAAGGAGAAUACUUUGAGGAUUCUGAUUAAGCCAAUUAUUUAUGUCUACUAAGUCCAGAUAAUGAAUGAGAGAUCUACAAUUGGUGGAAGUUUUUCGGCCAGCAUUGCAAUGAGGUUCCAGCUGUCAUUCUUAAUAUAAGUUAAUGAGUAUUUGCUGUUGUAAACUUUUGCUUGUUUUUUCUUUAAAUGUGGAACAGAUUUCUUUCGAACAAAUGUGAAUUGAAGGCGACUUCUUGAUUGUUUUAUCAGCCUGUUUGCCAUA